CACCACUACGUCAGUUGUGGAUCACUGUGACACUGAUCACGGUCGAAUUCAGUGUGAAACCAACAAGAAACACACAAUGUUGUUAAAAAUAACGGCAGUGAUUUUAGGCAGUGCUGCCGUCAUGUUGGAACUCUUUAUUUAGAUGGAUGGAGUGAUGCGAGCUCAGUACAGCUGCAGGACAGCAGAUGGCACCGCUGCAUCGUCCUGUGGUUCGUACUUGGCACCGAGACUCGUCCACGUUGUUCUCACUGUCUGACUUCGCUCCAGUUCCCCUCCCUCUAUCCCUCCCUCACUCUCUCUUCCUCGGUUUACAGUAUACACCUAUCUAUCUCCCACAAGCAUCAGCAGUCUCUUCAUCAGUCUCCGCGUUACGGGCGCUAGUACGGCGUAAAGCAUGGCACCUCUCCGUCCCGAAGAACCGGGUUCAGCCGCUGCGUACCUCUGCGUCUUUCUGUUGACCGUCUCGGCCUGGAUGGCACUACCGGGACCCGUGCGCUGUGGCAGCGUGGCUUUAAACCGGCGAGGCUGGGAGGAUCGCACGUUUGACUUGAACGGCGGAGAAAGAGGCUUCCUGCCGGGCCAGAAAGCAGUCGGGGCGGGGAGCACACCCCGCUUCAGAAGAGCCCUGUCCUGGGAUAAACAAAUGUCCCUGCUCAGCAGCUCGUUCGUGCUCAAAGGGGAUGCGACCCACAACCAGGCGAUGGUCCACUGGACAGGAGAGAACAGCAGCGUCAUCCUUAUCCUAACCAAGUACUACCACGCUGACUCCACCAAGGUCCUGGAAAGCUCACUGUGGCGGUCUUCUGACUAUGGCACCACCUACACCAAACUCAACCUGAUGCCAGGAACAACCAUUGUGGUGACAAGUUUCUACAUUUGCCCAACCAACAAGAAAAAGGUAAUUCUGGUGGGUUCCUCUAUAAAUGAACGAGAUCAAAUGCUGUUUAUCAGCACAGAUGAAGGUUCCUCCUUCCAGCGGCAGUCCAUCGACUUCACACCUGACACGCUCAUCUUCCACCCCAAGGAAGAAGACAAGCUGCUGGCCUAUUGCAAGGAGGGCAGGCUCUUUGCUUCAGCAGAUCUGGGCCGCAAGUGGACAUUACUGCAGGAGAGAGUGACAAAGGACAGAGUUUUCUGGUCUGUAUCUGGUGUGGAUGUGGAUCCUGAUCUGGUGCACAUGGAGAUGCAAGAUACAAGUGGAGGCUACUUGUAUGUCACCUGCCUCAUUCAGAACUGCUCGGACAAAAUGGUGACAGCACAGUUCCUUGGAAAAAUUGAUCACAACUCGCUGCUGGUGCAGGAUGACUACGUAUUUGUCAAGGUCACCACAGGCAAUCGGACCAAGCACUAUGUGUCCUACCGACGGAAUGAAUUUGUCCAGAUGAGGUUUCCUAAGUAUGCCUUACCAAAGGAUGUUCAGAUAGUGAGCACAGAUGAGAACCAGGUCUUCCUCGCCCUCCAGGAGUGGUACCAGUCAGACACAUACAACCUGUACCAGUCAGAUCCCAAAGGCAUCUACUACUCCAUCGUCCUGGAAAAUGUUCGCAGCACCAAGCAGCCAGAGGAGAAUGUUCUCAUUGACAUUCUGGAGGUACGUGGAAUCAAAGGAGUCUUCUUGGCAAACCAGAAAAUUGAUGGAAGAGUGGCAACUGUAAUAACUUACAACAAAGGACGUGACUGGGAACCCUUGGCCCCACCUACCACUGACAUGAAUGGCAAACCUGUCAGUUGCAAAGCGCCGGACUGUCACCUCCACCUCCACUUGCGCUGGGCAGACAACCCCUAUGUGUCUGGGACUGUCCACACCAAAGACUCUGCUCCCGGUCUUAUUAUGGGUGCUGGUAACCUGGGCUCCAAGCUAGUAGAGUAUAAGGAAGAAAUGUAUAUCUCUUCAGACUGCGGAAAGACGUGGAGACAGGUGUUUGAGGAGGAGCAUCAUAUCCUGUAUCUGGACCACGGUGGUGUCAUCGUUGCCAUCAAAGAUACCUCGAUUCCCCUCAAGAUACUCAAGUUCAGUAUUGAUGAAGGACGGACGUGGAACAUUCACAACUUUACAAGCACCUCCGUGUUCGUCGAUGGACUUCUGAGUGAGCCAGGAGAUGAGACCCUGGUCAUGACUGUGUUUGGCCACAUCAGCUAUAGGUCAGACUGGGAGCUGGUGAAAGUGGACUUUAGGCAGUCUUUUCCCCGUCAGUGCACUGAGUCUGAUUAUGACUCCUGGCAGUUCACAGAUCAGAAGGAGGAAAAGUGCGUUAUGGGCCAGGAGCGGACGUUCAGGAAGAGGAAGGACACUGCAUUCUGCAUAAAAGGAAAAAGCUACACAUCAGCUCUGACCAACAAACCCUGCCAGUGUACUGAGAAAGACUACAACUGUGAUUAUGGAUUCGAGCAAUCACACAUGGAAACUGACCGCUGCAUUGCUGACUUCUGGUAUGAUCCAGAUUCACCACCUGAAGACUGCCACCUAGGACAGACCUACAUGUCCAGCACUGGCUACAGGAAGAUGAUAUCUAACUCAUGUGAAGGGGAGCCAAACAAGCAGCAGAGCUCUAAAAAGCACAGCUGCCCCCUGCUCGCGCCUAAAGGAUUACGAGUUGGCAUAAAAGGGCAGAUGCUGGCUGUGGCACCUGGGGAUGACAUCACAUUCACUGUCCACCAGGAGCAGGGUGACACCAGCAGCACCAAGUAUCAGGUGGAUCUUGGUGAUGGGGUACGGACAAUUUACCAGAACCUGACUGUGACUGAUGAACCCAUCCAGCACCGUUAUGAAAAUCCAGGCAUUUACAAGGUCAAAGUGAAGGCUGAGAAUAUGGCUGGACACGAUGAGGCUACCAUGUACAUCCAGGUCACAGCCCCACUACAGGAAGUACACCUAGAAGUGGUUCCCAUUGCUGGGAGAAACCAUGAGGUCAAUCUCACUGCUACUGUCCUUCCCAGUGAGGCCAACCUGACUGUCUUUUACUGGUGGAUAGGAGACAGCAUGCAGCCCAUCCUGACGCUGCAGAACAACCUUCUGACUCGUUUCCCAGGAACAGGCAAAGUCUCAGUCACGGUACAGGCCACAAAUAGCCGAUCCAUGGUGCAGGACACAAGAACUGUCCGAGUUUACGAUAACUUCCAAGUCAUCCCUCUGAGCUUCAGCAGAAACCUAGACAGAUUCAAUCCAAAUAUCCCAGAGUGGAGAGAUGACAUUGGCCAGGUGGUCACCAAAAUACUGGCUAAGAUUACAGGUGUACCUCAGAAUUCCCUAGUUACUGUGGUCAAACCAGGUCUCCCCACCUCUGCCAACCUGUAUGUUCUCCCACUGGACACCAAACCAGCCAAGAGAAGCUUGUUUGUAGAUAAGCAUAUUCCAGCCAUCAUUCAGGUCUUCAACGACAACAACGUCAGCUUUGUGAUACGAGGAGGCCUACAGGUGCUCGUGAUGCUAGCUGACCCAAAUGCAGAACUAGGUUAUAUUACUAAAGACUCAACAGUUACAGAGGCAGAGAAUGGCUACCAUGGAGCAGCUGGAAGUGCCGGUGUUUGGACUCUAGCUGUCAUUUUCCUCAUUGGUCUUAUUGCUACUGGCGCCUUUAUCCUCUAUAAGUUCAAAAGUCCUUGGCUUAGGCCUGAGGAUGCAUAUCCCCCAUUGUUUUUCAGGAAGCUUCCAUGCACCCACAACUACGCCCAGAUGCACAGUGUAAAGGAGCAGGAGAUGAUCAGCCCUGUCAAUCACAGUGAGGACACCCAGCAAAUCAUCCAGGGUGAGGAGUACAUCGAUGACGACCUGGACUCACAGACUCUAGGCACUCAUUCGGGUGUGGUCCUAAACAUGAACUGCAGAGAGCUACACAGUUAGCAGACCAGCUGAUGGCCACCAUGGCAAUGCUGAAGAGCUAGUUGAGGCGAGCCGAGCUGGCUAAUGAGCACAGGGACUCCACUCUGCCUUUUUCCUUCUCUCGUCUUUAGAUUUUCCCUCUCCUCCUCCUCUGUCAGGUCACUUCACUCUUCCAUGGACUCUUCCACUCUCCUGCUUCUGGGUAUUGUGUUAAUUAUUUUGGGGAAGUGGCUGACCAUGGUGUUGGGACUCUAUUCAGUAAUCACCCCUUUUUUUGUGCCAGCCCUGGAGACCCUGGACACAAGGGCCAGUUGCUCAGUUUGAAGGCUCAUCUGUACACUGUCUGUCUGAUAACACAGGUACAAUCGGCAAGCAUGUCUCACAAGACUGGUUUCCACUGAUACUGAAAGUCAGAGAGAUAGUUGAAACCACCAGAGACUAGUGUGCUAAAAUGAUUUGUGAGCACUAAACGUAGUUUGCAUUGUUCCCCUCGAUUAUUGUUGCACCCCCCCCCCACACACACACACACAGUUAUCAUUCUGCUCCUCUCGUCAAUGGCAAUAAUAAUCUCAAUGGAAUGUAGGAUGUGAUAUAAACCCUUGUGAAUUUGCAUGUGAUGGGUGUACACAUGCAAACACAAGAGGGCAGUGUUGCACUUUUUGAAAUCUCCACUGACAAGUACUCUUACAGCUCAGCUUCUUUGGAAUAUACUGUAUGUACACACAGCUUUGUUUAUUUAACAAAAAGAAAAAGAAAA